AGAGAGAGAGUGAGAGAUGGUGAAGCGAAGAGCUCGAGGAAGGGGAAGAAAGCAUGGAGAGCAAACAUAAGCACCAAAGACAUAGACGAUUUCAUUGAGAAAUCCACCAAAGGCGCUCUCUCCGGUGGCUCUCUUUCUCAUGUUCCUACUUAGUUCCUCUUCUUCGUCGACAAAUCCAAAGAUGUUUCUGCGAGGCGGAAGAUUGAGAAGCACAGAGAAAAGGUACUUCGUUGUGACAAUGUACUUCAGAAGAAUCCUUUUGUCCUAGCGGUACUGUCUUCGAAUCAGAAGAAGAAGAAGAAAACUAAGAAAACCCGGAAAGAUUCUAAGCCAAAAGGUGCCACGCAAGAUGGUUCCAAGGAUUCUGGCAUGGUCGACUUGUGGGAAAAUGAAGGUGAAUGUGACAAGAAAACUAGAAAGGUAUUCAAACCAUCAGUUAUUCCAGCAGUGGAAGUUGAGCCUCCAGGAUGCUCAUUUAAUCCUUCAUUUGAAGCUCAUCAGGAUUCAUUGGCCCAAGCUGUUGCAGAGGAAAUGCAGAAAGUCUAUAAAAGUGAGUUGGGACCUGAACCAGUUCCAUUAAAUGUCCCAGGGGAGCAGAAAGUAAUUGAUGAAGAAGAUAUGUACUUUCUUGAGGCGGAUGAUGAUGAGGAGGAUUUAAUAGAGAAUGAGGAUGCUGCACAACCAAAAAAAAAAAAGGGUCUAUUGAAACAAAGAGGGUGACCAGAAUUGAGUUAAAUGGGAGAGCCAGACUCAAAGAACAGGAGAAAAAAGAAGCAGAAGCCAAGAAGAAAGAGGAACAUUCAGAAGAAAUUGAUUUGUUAGAUGAUGAUUGUUGCUCAAUUGAGAUUUAUUUCAGUGAAGAAAGUGUUCUUACCAUUGUAUGUUUCCAUCCCUGUUGCCGCUUGCUAGAUAACUUUUAAGGAAAUAGCUAAAGAAGACGAGAAGAACCAUAAAAGACAUAACAGGCAUAUAGUUGUUAAGCAAGAAUAGCUAAAAACUCGUCCCUUCGCUUGGGAAAGCACAUGUAUGCAUGCAGUCGUCUUUUGACAUCUUUCCUUAUUGGCUAGAAACAAAUAUAAAUCAAUUAGCUGAAAUAUUGUUUUUUGGUUACUAUCAAGAUUUAAUUUGUUAAUGGAUUUUUUUUUUAAUCAAAACUGUUGACGUAAAGUGACACUUUGCUGUCACUUGUUCUUUAAGUUUUGACUAAUGAUUGUUUUGUAAUGUACUUAAGUAUGGGGUUAGUAUGAUUGAUUUGAGUUCAACAGAUAUGUAUGGGUUUAGUCAGUAAAGUAUGGGACUUUUCUUGUAAAAAUUAAUUUUAUGUACUGAUGCUUAUAUAUUUUGA